AUGGCUCUGGCGCAACCUCAAAUCACCAAGAAGAACCGCGACAACCUAGAGAUCAGUUGCGACAUCACCCAGAAGUACGUUGAAUCUCGCGUCAGCUGCUCGUUUCUCGCGGGCCAACGAUCUUGCCGAGUCAUCGAGCAGCGAUUGUCACAAAAGACCCAUGCGCCGGAGCAAAUCACCCAACUAUCUUUCCCUCGAUCUUUCGACUUCUUCGCCGGCGAGAUGCCGGUCGCCACAGGUCGGGAUAUGACCGGCUUCAUCGACCCGACUUUGUAUUAUCUCAAAGAUCCGACCUACGAGAAUAUCUCGUCUGGCACGGCAGUCCUCAUGGACGAACUCGACACCUCGAAAGUCGGCGCACGCUUUGGACAGCUGCUCAACACGUAUCUCACCCUUAGCCAAGUUUCCAGCACGAUUGCAAACACCAGCGCCGAAGCGGAUGCCGUUUUCCAGCCCAACAUCACCUUCAUAGGGGAGUCGUCAACUCUGCUGGAGACAUACGUCAUCUCGAAGCUGUGGAUAUCACUCUGCUUGCUGUCUGCCGUCGUUCUCCUGGCUGGAGGCAUCCUCAGCGUCGUGUUCAUCCACUUGACCCACGGUCCUGAGAUUCUUGGCUAUGUCUCCACGACGAUCCGGAACUCGAAGUACAUUGAUCUGCCGUCAAGUACAACCUGGCUGGAUGGCUCAGAACUGACCAAUGAGCUGAAGAAGUUGAGGAUACGGUACGGGUUCAUUCGCGACGAGUCGAGGCAGCCAAUCAUGGCCGUCGGGCAUGAAGAGGAAACUGCUCGGAUCAAAGAUGUUUUGGCUAGGAAGUAG